CCCAGCGUGCAUUUCGCGUUCAACUUCCUCUUUGAUUAGCUCCCUAACUAUGGCGGUGGGCAAGAAUAAACGCCUCUCAAAAGGAGGCAAGAAAGGCUCCAAAAAGAAGAUUCUGGAUCCGUUCACCAAGAAAGAAUGGUACGAUGUCAAGGCUCCAGCCAUGUUCAACAUCCGCAACAUCGGCAAGACUCUCGUAACCAGGACACAGGGAACAAAAAUCGCCUCUGACGGUCUGAAGGGACGUGUGUUUGAGGUCUCUCUGGCUGAUCUGCAGAACGAUGAGGUUGCAUUCCGCAAGUUCAGGCUGAUGGUUGAAGAUGUCCGCGGGAAGAACUGCCUGACCAACUUCCAUGGCAUGAACCUGACCAGGGACAAGUACUGCUCCAUGGUCAAGAAGUGGCAGACUCUGAUCGACGCCAACAUUGACGUGCGUACCACCGAUGGUUACCUUCUGCGUCUCUUCUGCAUCGGCUUCACCAAGCGCAGGCAGAACCAGAUCAAGAAGACGUCCUACGCCCAGAGCACCCAGGUCCGUGCUAUCCGCAGGAAGAUGAUUGAGAUCAUGGCCCGCGAGUGCGCAGCCAACGACCUCAAGGAAGUCGUCAACAAGCUGAUCCCAGACAGCAUUGCCAGGGACAUUGAGAAGGCUUGUCAUCGCAUCUACCCUCUCCAUGAUGUCCACAUCCGCAAGGUCAAGGUCCUCAGGAAGCCCAAGUUUGACGUAUCCCGUCUCAUGGAGCUCCACGGUGAGGGAUCUUCCACAGGAAAGACGACCACAACCGAUGACACCGGAGCUCAGGUCGACAGGCCAGACGGCUACGAACCACCAGUCCAAGAAAGCGUCUAGACACACAACUCCCCACAGCAAUGAACACACCCUCAGUCAACCAAUUCUUCUUCAUACCUUAUCACAAAGGAACUAUUCUCUUAUGAAAGAGUAACAUUCUGACCAUGAACCGCCAACCGCCAUUGUUCACAAAAACUGUCUACCGUUUGCCAAACAUCGGUGAGCGAGCUAUGUAACUUUGCAAGAAUCAUGCAAAAUAAAAUGACAAAAACCAA